UGGAGCUUAUUUCCAUUCAAGAAUACAGAAAAGUUUUGUAUCAUCUCCUCUCUAGCGCCGCCACAUCCCCAUGACUGAAUAUGACACCAAGCUGGAUGACCGGGGGAAGCUGUUCCCGGCUCCCAAACACCACAAACUCAACAUGGAGGGCUACCUGCGCUCCUACAUCUACAACCCCAACCUCUACACCAUGCCUGUUUUCCAAGCCAAGGAGAUGGUAGAGAGUUACUGCACUGUGCCCGAUGACAACAGCCCUGUAAUGGGCUGGGAGGGCAGUGGAGCCAAGUCAAUGGUAGGGUCAGAGGUCAAUCCUUAUGGUGCCACUGCUGCCCAGUCCCCGGGGGUCCAGGUCAACCACUCUCUCUCUCAGUUUCCCACUGACACCAAACCUCAGAAGUUGAAGGAGCUGAUUAACCUGAUACUGUGUUGGCGGAACAUAGAGGGGGAUGUCCGGAAGAAGGGAGUGCCGCAGGGAGGACGAAAGCAGGGGGCAGGUGGGUUGGACCCCCGAGGACUGAAGAGGAAGACUGCAGAGAGGACUCUGAACUACCGGAAGAAGGCCUCACAGGAAAGAGGCAGAAGGGAUAGGAGAACAGCAGCAGCUGCAGAAAAGGGCCAGGGCCUUUCUUGUCUGUCCUCUGUGAUUCUGCAGAGUGUUGGUCUGAGAGACGUGGACCUGAGGAGAGACCGCUCAGAGGCUGCUUUCAAGUUGUCUGAGGGGAGAGGAGGAGGAGGAUGGUCAAGAGAGGAGACAGAGCAGACUAAAGCUCUGCUGUUUGAUAGGAUGAUCAAGCUGGGCCUGCCGCCCAAUCAGGACAUUGACCUGAGGAAACGACCUUCUGGGGGCCUGCAGGUCAAGGCUGACUUCUUGGAGACAGCAGGGAGAACGAACAGUCUGGAGGGCUUCAGGCCCAGUUCGGAUGGUGAAAUGCCCAGAAGAUCACAGUCCCAAUAUCAGGGGGAAGAACAGAUGCCAUGGGUCCUCAUCCCCAUCACAGGGCUGAAGUCAAACAAGUACUGCCUGAGCCAGAAGGACAAUCUUCAGGACCCACGCUUUGUUCCCCAGAUCCCCAUGGCAAACAGAAGCUAA